AUGAAGGGGGCUGCUGUUUUCCUGGUGGUUCUGGCGGUGGUUUCCCUGGAGGUGGUGCUGCCGGUUGAGGCUGUUUCCUGCACCGACGUUCGGAAUGCUCUGUUGCCGUGUAUUUCAUUCGCCACCGGAGCUGACAGCCAACCCAGUGGAUCAUGCUGUUCAGGCAUUAAAAACCUUGCUGGUGGUUAUCAAGCUGCAGAAAGGCAGGCGGCGUGCGAAUGCAUCAAGUCCGCCGUCGGAAAGUACCAUUUGGAGGUUAUCUCCAGCCUCCCUGGAAAAUGUGGGGUUGCCAUUGGAGACACUCUUGGCCCGAAUAUGGACUGCAGCAAGUAUGCUGUUUCUUGGAAUACUGCUGUUUUCAGUAAUGUUUAUGAUCAUGUAUAACAGUUCCUAAUUUUUGAAUCUUUUGUGUG